GCAUAUCGCCACUAUUACAGUAGAUGGCAAUAAUGCGCAGAAGCACAUUCUAGUUAGCACGCUAGAAGACAUGGACCUAGCUAGCCUGUGGACUCUAAUCUGCAUUGUUGCAUGAAAAAUUGAAAGACAACUUGGAAUGUGUUCUUGAGAUAUCCUUUGAAACAUUCAUCAUGAUGCUCUAGCUAUUGGUAGAUCGUAUUUGGCCCGAUUAGCGUUAUCGCCGUAAUAUCUUCUUGUCUUUGUUCAAUACUUUUAAACGCAACAUAGCUGAUAGGCUUGUUUACUUCUAGUAACUUGUCACAAUUGAUCUGGCUAGCAAACUAGACCACCUAAUUGACAACACAAUUUGCUAGCCGACGAGUUAGCCUUGUGCGUUGUAGAUACAUCAGUGUGCAGGGGAGAGAUGGGCACCCAGGGCAGCCGGUUACAGGCCUCGUCCCAGGAUCCUGAGGAAGCAGUUGAGACUACAUGUGCCAGUGGCAAGCAUGGAUGUGAAUGCAGAAAGAGGAAACGGACUGCACACUGUGACUGCGACAGUGAGCCUGAUGAGGAAGAUGCCUUAUUGGACACACCACGGAGGUGAGAAGAGUCACACACAUCACACUGGAAAUACACACAAUUUCAUAAACCAACAGACACAGCAGGCCGGAGUAAGAGACAAACGCACUUACAGGAAGAAGCUGAAAAGCACAUCUAAGUACAUCUAUCAGACCUUGUUCCUGAACGGGGAGAACAGUGACAUCCGCAUCUGUGCCCUGGGGCAGGAGUGGAACCUGCACAAAGUGUACCUGUGCCAGUCAGGGUAUUUCUCCAGCAUGUUCAGUGGCUCCUGGAAGGAGUCCAACAUGAUGGUCAUACCGUUAGAGAUCCCAGACCAGAACAUCGACACAGAGGCUCUGCAGGUAGUGUUUGGAUCUCUGUACCGGGAUGAUGUUCUGAUCAAGCCCAGCAGUGUCGUCAGUAUCCUAGCAGCAGCUUGUAUGCUCCAACUGGAUGGUCUGAUCCAGCAGUGUGGUGAGACCAUGAAGGAGAACGUUGGUGCCAAGACUGUGUGUGUCUACUACUCCUCUGCCAGCAUCUACGGCCUUGACUCUGUCAUGAAGAAGUGUCUGGAAUGGCUCCUCAAUAACCUCAUGACCCAUCAGAAUGUUGACCUCAUGAAGGAGCUGGGAGUGGAUGUGAUCGAACUGCUGAUCCAGUCGUCUGACCUAUUCGUCAUGCAGGUGGAGAUGGACGUCUACACCGCUCUGAAAAAGUGGAUGUUCCUGCAGCUCAAUCCAUCCUGGGACGGUCCCAUCAAGCAGCUGCUGGCUGAUGCCGACGCCUGGCUUUGCAAACGCAGAACUGAGAUGGGAGAGGAGGAGCCCUUCUUAAAAGCAGAGGACGGCGCCCCUUUUACUCCUGUCUUCAGACAUGUGCGCCUUCAAUACAUCAUCAAUGACUUGGCUUCCGCACGCAUCCUGGAGAGAGACAACAUUCUCCCACCCGAUUGGCUGACCUCCGUGUACAAGAGCCAGUGGUUUGCCAUGCUACGGACGGAGCACGACAAUGACAAUGGCCCACAGGAUGCCAACAAGGAGGAGUUUCAGUCAGGUAGCAUGCGAUGUGGUAGGAAACUGACCAAAGAUGGUGAUUACUGUUGGCGUUGGACAGGCUUCAACUUUGGCUUUGACCUGCUGGUGACCUACACCAACCGCUUCAUAGUGUUCAAGAGGAAUACACUGAGCCAGCCAUGUGGGGGAGCUGUGAGUCUGCAGCCUCGGAGGCAUCUAGCAUACAGGUUACGCCUGGCCUCCUUUGAUAACAGUGGUAAGCUGGUGUGUAGUCGAUCCACUGGUUACCAGCUACUCACCCUGGAGAAAGACCAGGUCAGUCCAGGCCCCCAGUAUCCAGUCUGGAGCAUGAAGUCACAAGCUCUGCCGGAGUAUGUGGUGAUGAACCUGGACAGUCGGCUCCUGUCCUUCCCCCUCUACGUGUGCUGUAACUUCCAGUACACAUCUCCUCAUAUGGACCGCCGUCCUGAUGCCCCUGAACCAGAGAGCAGCGCCCGCAGUGUACCCUGAUGCCAGCUCCACACCCUCAGCCCAGUUCCCUUACCACUCCCCUUUAUAACAUAGGCUAAUCCUAUCCUUGCCCCACACCCGCAUCCUCCAUGGCCCCUCUCUGACAUCCUGGCCUCAAGCUGUGGCCCACAGCUUCUACCCCCCAAACACAACCCUGGCAUCUGCAUGCUCUAUAGCCCAGUCUAGUGUGUUUUGGAUACAUUGUUAGUUUUAAAAAUAUAUAUUUUUCAUUCUUCAGCUUUCUUUUUUAUAACAUUCAUGAUUUUUAGGCUUUUUUUGUAUUAUUUAUUUUACUUUUUUUUUAAGAAAAAGUGUGAGAAAAAAACCCAACCUGACAAUAAAUUGUCCACACCAGUGGGCUGUGGUGCUAUCA